CGCUUCUGUCCCGGAGCGCGGUCGGGGCUGGAAUCGCAGGAGUGGGAGGGGAGCGGGCCAGCGGGAUCCCGAGCCUCGGAGCGCUGCCGGUCGCUCCGCCGCCGAUGCCUCGGGAGCUCGGGCCCAAGCGCCGCCCAUGCAGCAUCCCUGAGCCCCGCAGAACGAGCGUUGAUGAAAAAACACUUAACCGCCUCCGCUGCGGGGAGCCAUGAGCUGUCUGGAUGUUAUGUACCAAGUCUAUGGUCCUCCGCAGCCUUACUUCGCAGCCGCCUACACCCCCUACCACCAGAAACUAGCCUAUUACUCCAAAAUGCAGGAAGCCCAGGAAUGCAAUGCCAGCCCCAGCAGCAGUGGCAGCGGCAGUUCCUCAUUUUCCAGCCAAACCCCAGCCAGUAUAAAAGAGGAAGAAGGCAGCCCAGAGAAAGAGCGUCCUCCAGAGGCGGAGUACAUCAACUCCCGCUGCGUCCUCUUCACCUAUUUCCAGGGGGACAUCAGCUCUGUGGUGGAUGAACAUUUCAGCAGAGCCCUGAGCCAGCCUAGCAGCUACUCCCCCAGCUGUACCAGCAGCAAAGCACCGAGGAGCUCUGGGCCCUGGCGAGACGGCUCCUUCCCGAUGAGCCAGCGCAGCUUCCCCGCCUCCUUCUGGAACAGCGCGUACCAGACGCCGGUGCCCGCGCCGCUAGGCAGCCCCCUGGCCGCGGCACACUCGGAGCUGCCCUUCGCCGCCGCCGACCCCUACUCGCCGGCCGCGCUGCACAGCCACCUGCACCAGGGCGCGGCCGAGCCCUGGCACCACGCGCACCCGCACCACGCGCACCCGCACCACCCCUACGCGCUGGGCGGCGCCCUCGGCGCCCAGGCCGCCGCCUACCCGCGGCCCGCCGCGGUGCACGAGGUCUACGCGCCGCACUUCGACCCGCGCUACGGGCCGCUGCUGAUGCCCGCCGCCUCGGGGCGCCCGGCCCGCCUCGCUCCAGCCCCGGCGCCCGCGCCCGGCAGCCCGCCCUGCGAGCUCUCCGCCAAGGGAGAGCCGGCCGGCGCCGCGUGGGCUGCGCCCGGGGGACCCUUCGCGAGCCCCGCCGGGGACGUGGCGCAGGGCCUGGGCCUCAGCGUGGACUCAGCUCGUCGUUAUUCCCUCUGUGGUGCAUCCCUCCUGAGCUGAUCUGCCGACCCAGGGUCUCCCCUUCCCUUUGCCUUCUGACCAGCCACGAAGGCUCAGCAUCUGUGCGAGGACAUGAGGGAAGGCAGAGACUUCAAACUUCUCAGUGUACUGGGGAAACCAAAAGCCACACCUACAGAAGUUUUGUCUAAAAUUAACUCCUUCUGCCAAAAGAGCACGUCCAUAGACUGAAUUGUUUAAUGACUUUUGGCCAAAUCACUGGAAAUACCUGUGGCAAGAUGGCUUAGUCAGGUGAUAUGAUAUCAUAAGCCGUCUUGGAAAGGGGGAAAGAAGAAAAGACUUUGUGGUGUGAAUAUUUUUUAUGCUGAUGUGAAUUAUUUCAUUAGGUAGUGUGAUUAUACCACUACUGAUGUCAAUAUCCUCAGAUUUAAAAAUGAAUUUGUAUUUGCAUCAAAGACUGUCAUAGAGAAGUAAAAAGAAGCCAAUUCCUUCUUCCUCACCACUCAGCCUCCAACUCUCUUCCUGCCCAUCCCUUCCCCACGUCACCCACUCCAGACACAAAGACACACUUUUUCCUUUGGACUGUGAACAUGGAAACCUCAGCCUGAUUGUGAGUGGCAAGUGGCUUAUCUGGAGCCACCUGCCCAAGUCUUACUGAAAUGCAGCUGUUGUAGGACAACUGUUUAAAACUCCAGAAAUACUCGACCAAGGUGGCAAUUCCCAGUGUUUGGCAGAACAAUUGCAAUUGAACUGGAUAUAUUUUUUAUAUAUAUGUAUAUAUAUAUCACAUUUUUACAAGGAACAUUUUAUGAUGAAAGAAGAAACCCUUUUCUUCCUUCUUUGCUACAAAUUCUGUACCCCCCUCCAUCCUCUGGAUGAAAAAGCAACAAGACACCCUGACUGUUUCCAUGGAGAAGAACUAGGAAUCACCACAAGGGAAAGAAAUGUGUGCAGAUUCUCCAGUACCUCAGAUAUUUUCCUCAAUGUCUACAGUGUGAUUCAGUCACUUUAGAGUUGGGGCAGGGGAAGGGGUCUGUGCAUGGGCAAAGCUUAAAGGUGAUGAGGAAGAAGAAACGAACAUUAAAGAUGUCUGUUUACUAUGA